UAUCUACAAGCACUUCCUCGAGGGGAAAAAAAAAGUUCACACUCAUACAUAGAUGCCACCACAAGUUGCGACUCACAACGUCUUAGACCUGAACCAGGGAGUUACUGUGAAUAACCCUGCUGGAUGACAGGAGCGACAUGGAUAUUUAAUUAUUUUUCUUUUUAAACUUGAUUUUAAUGUUGUUUUUAUUUAUUUUUUUAGUUGCUUCUGCUGUGCUUUGUCUGGAUCGGUGAUUUUUAAAUACAACAUUUUAUUGUCAUAUUGUUAACUUUACCUGAAAAGAAUCUGUCCUGAAGUGAUGCAUUUUGUCUCCCAUUAAGACCCUCGGAGUGCACCUGUGCGCCUCUGGAGCGACAGGCGCACUUAAGACAGACCGGGACCCUCUAAGAUACACAGUCUCGUCCUUUUUAUAAGCAUACAAUGGUGAGACUAUGGUGUCUGGAUGGAGUAUGGCCUGACUUUUAAAUGCAACAAACGUGUGUUUGGCUGCUGUGGAUGCACGCAAAGGGGCUCGCCAAGAGUGCACACAGUCCCCCCCUCCAAAAAGGAGAGAAAAUAAAACGUCGGCCUUGCUGCUUCAGUGUUUGCUGUUGAAGUGUUGGAUGUUGUCGAGACUCUUGACAGGCACUACAUUAACAACAGCUGUCAAACUCAUGGGAUCCUCCAGCCCCCCGGGCAUUAGGGAGCUCUGCUGAGAGGUCUCUACUGCGCAUGUCAGAGCGCUGGAGCGCUCCAGAGAGGGAAAUUUAAAAACGGUUUUUUGGGCGAAUCAAGUGCAACAGAGUGGAAUACAGUACAGGGGCUCCCGACCUGCUCUCACUUCUUCAAUAUCAACCAAAACAGAUAAAGGAUACCACAUAUCGCAGGAAAUGAUAGAGGGUGGAAUAACUUCCAGGAUGUCAGGAAUAAUUGAGAAUGCCGGACAUCAUCCGUCACCACAGGACUACAGGCUUCUGACCACAGACCCCUCCCAGCUGAGGGUGGAGGACCUCCCUGGGGACCUGCAGUCUCUGUCAUGGCUCACCUCUGUGGAUGUGCCCCGGCUACAGCAGAUGGCUGAUAGCAGAGGCCACAGUAACGGGCCCUCCCAGGGCAGCUUGCUGGAGCAACAGACAGCUCAGCUGAGUAGCAUGACAAUACCAGUGAGUCAGGGCUCCAUGCUGCACCUCCAGAGUAACAUGCAGCACAGCCCCCUGGGAAUAAGUAUCAUCAACACCCACAGUGGAAGUAUGUCUCCAUUCUCUAUGAAUGGGCUGCCCUCGCCAGGGUAUCAGUGCCCUACCUCAGUCUAUCAGCCUGCACCCCAGCAGGUGUACUCUCUAACCCAAACUGGACAACAGUGCUCAGCUGGUGGUCUAUAUAGCAAUGUGUCUUUCAACAACCAAAGUUUAUUCACUCAACCUCGCUUGGCUCCACAAGAACAGGAGCUGCAGCCUAAGUCUUUCCCCAAGCCAAUCUACUCCUACAGCUGUUUAAUUGCCAUGGCUCUGAAGAACAGCAAAACUGGCAGCCUCCCAGUCAGUGAGAUCUAUAGCUUUAUGAAGGAACACUUUCCUUAUUUCAAGACUGCACCUGAUGGAUGGAAGAAUUCAGUGAGACACAACCUUUCCUUAAACAAAUGCUUUGAGAAGGUGGAGAACAAGACAAGCAACUCAUCCCGUAAGGGUUGUUUGUGGGCACUGAACCCUGCCAAAAUUGACAAGAUGGAGGAAGAAAUGCAGAAGUGGAAACGCAAAGACCUCCCAGCCAUUCGCCGCAGUAUGGCUAACCCUGAUGAGUUGGACAAACUGAUCACAGACCGCCCAGAGAACUGCAGGCGAAAGGCUUUAGAGCCGGGAAUGACCCGACUAGCAGGAUGUACAACUGGCCUUCCGCUACAGGUCCCGACCCAGAUGCAGCCUCAACCUAUUGUCACACUGUCCCUGCCAUGUUUACCCAUGCACCAACACCACCAACUUCAAGCUCAGUUUCAAGCUCAGGCUCGUCUGGCCCCCAUGUCUCCUGCCCCAGCCCAGACACCCCCCCUCCACACAGUACCUGACCUUUCCCACAGCCCACUCACCCAGCAGUCCAGCAAGCCACCUGAUGAUUUUUACAGCGUGCAUGGUGACACACACACAGAGGUGGAUGCACUGGACCCUAGCAUCAUGGACUUUGCCCUUCAAGGUAACCUGUGGGAAGAAAUGAAGGAUGACAGCUUUAACCUGGAUGCUUUGGGCACUUUCAGUAACUCACCCCUUCGACUAUCAGACUGUGACUUGGGAACAGCAAGCCUCCCUCCAGCCUCCAGUGAAGCAAACCUACCACUGUCAGAUGUGCAAGUGACAGGGCUCUACACUACCUACACCUCCCAGGAUGCUCUGUCUUCUCAGUACAUGGGUGCCCCAGCCAACAACAAGCCCAUUGCCCUGCUUUAAAGGAGCUGAAGUGUUUCUUAAUAGAUGCACCAUGAUUUAUUCUGCAGUUUGUGGAUACCAGCUGAAGAAAUCUGAUGUCUAGUUUCUUUCAUGCUUCCAAAAAACAUCUGGACAAGAAAACCUAAACUGCAGAAAAACGAGAAGGCAGCUGUAAGAAAAACUAUAUAAGACUUACAAUAUCUAGUUUUGCCAAGCCAAGACUGAAAGCCUGUUUGAGUACAAAGGCUUUGUGAAGAAUGACAUGUAAGUUAGCACUCACCUGUUCUUCUGCUGUUCACUCUGUGUUUUAAAGCCUUUCCAUAAUGUAGCUUCCAAUCUCCUGUCUGUUGUAUAGUGCUAGACAUUAUUGCUGUGAUGUUUAUUUAUAUUUAUAAAAAGCAGCUGGAGAAAGUGAUGACUCCAUCAAUCUUUUGCUGUGUAUAUUUGAAUGUUUGAAACUGCUAUUGCUACAGAAAAGCUUUCUUUUCACUGCAGUUACCCGUAUCUUUCCAAAAUGCAAAAGUGCCCAAAACACUUAAGGUAAUCUGUCUUUUACACAUUGUUGUUUUACACACUGUGAGUAACAUGCAUGGGGGUCUUAUGUAUAUUAUGCUCAUUAACUUGAUCAUAAUAAAAAGGAA